UGGAUCAACGCCCCACACACAGACAAAUCCUGAAAGAAAUGAGAUACGGAUAACACUUUGAAUAAAUAUUCUUCCUCCACAAUUAUUCCCCCCCAAUAUCCCCAUCCACUCAUCAUUUUCGGUGAAGAAGAAGAAGAAGAAGAAGAAGAAGAAGAAGCACAGCAGGAUUUUUUCGGAGAAUCGAAUUUCCCCUUUUUUUUUGAUUCACCGUAAAUUUCCAUGGCGAGGGCUCUGAUUUCAUCCCCUUCUUUCCUGGGUACUCCACUUCUCUCCUUCCCCCGCCAUGGAUUAGUACCUCGGGGCAGGCGCAUCAGCACCAAAGUUAAAUUCAGUCUCAAUCAGCUCCCGCCGAUUGACAGUCAGAUUGACUUCGGUGCGAUUUUUGAGAGAGCUGAGAGCUUGAUGUACACACUCGCCGACGCUGCCGUGGCGACGGCGGACGGAGGCGGGGCGGCGUCGGACUCUGCUGCCGUUGUUCAGAAGAGUGGUGGGUGGUUUGGGUUCAUUUCGGACGCUAUGGAAGUUGUAUUGAAGGUACUCAAGGAUGGAUUUACAGCUGUCCAUGUGCCGUAUUCUUAUGGGUUUGCGAUAAUACUGCUCACUGUUCUUGUUAAACUUGCCACGUUUCCAUUGACCAAGCAACAGGUCGAAUCAACGCUAGCAAUGCAGAAUCUUCAACCAAAGAUCAAAGCUAUCCAACAAAGAUAUGCAGGAAAUCAGGAAAGAAUACAGCUUGAAACUUCUCGUUUAUACAAACAGGCUGGGGUCAAUCCUCUGGCAGGAUGUUUCCCUACAUUGGCUACAAUACCAGUCUGGAUAGGCUUAUAUCAAGCUCUUUCAAAUGUGGCAAAUGAGGGACUGCUAACUGAAGGAUUCUUUUGGAUUCCUUCUCUGGGAGGGCCAACAUCAAUUGCUGCUCGGCAAAGUGGAUCAGGAAUCUCCUGGCUAUUCCCAUUUGUGGACGGGCAUCCACCACUUGGUUGGUAUGACACUGCUGCAUACCUUGUUUUACCUGUUCUUCUUGUUGCAUCGCAGUUCGUGUCAAUGGAAAUAAUGAAGCCUCCACAAACAGAUGAUCCAGCUCAGAAGAAUACGAUGAUUAUAUUUAAGUUUCUCCCACUUAUGAUUGGCUACUUCUCUUUGUCUGUUCCAUCCGGAUUAUCGAUAUACUGGUUUACAAAUAAUGUUCUUAGCACAGCACAGCAAGUAUGGUUACGUAAAAUGGGAGGUGCAACGCCUGCUGUGAGUGAGAAUGCUGGUGGGAUAAUCAGCGCUGGACGUGCAAAACGAUCAGGUUCUCAGUCGGAGCAAUCGGGUGAAAGAUUUAAACAGCUGAAAGAUCAAGAAAAGAAGAAAAAGAAUUUUGCACUGCCUGCAAUUGAUGUUCAGGCUUCACCUUCAGCCACAGCUGAUCCCGAGCCUGAAAAUGACUCAGACGAUGAAAAUGAAUCGAAGGAUAAGGAAGUUCUUGAAGAAGCAUAUGCUUCUAGCAGUACCAAACCAGUUCCUACAGUGCCUAGGAGAAGUAAGCGAUCAAAGCGCAACCGUUCGGUAUGACUCUAAAUAAAUUUUAUAGUUACAGUGAACCUUCUGUAUAUUUGUUGAAAAUUCGAAAAAUUGAUACAUAGUGACCAUUUUGUUGCCGGUCAUUAGUAUAAGUUACAGCUUUGAUAUCACGAACAUUAAUUUAUUUGUUAGGUGUCAAGUACACCUAAUUUGUGUAAAUCAGAAUUUCAGAAGUUACAAAUA